GUCAACUUUGAUGUCACUUUCUUCGUUCGCUUCAUGUGUCUGUAUCUGCUCCUCCUCCUCCGAGUCUGAGUCAUUGAAAUUCUUACAGUUAAAAGUUGCGAUUUUGGAGAUUAGAUUCACUUUAUCUCUUCCUGUUUCGACAUGGGUCUUUCCCAUCAUCGGUGGGUGAUGCUGCUCGUUGCUCUCGUCUUAGAGCUAUCAUGUUUCGUCUACUCAUCACGUUCUCCGCAACUCACGUGCCAUCCACGUGACAUGGAGGCCUUGCGUGACUUCAUCAACGAGCUCGAGCCGAAGCCAGAUGGUUGGGAUUUCAAUUCCUCUGCAAACUGCUGUGAAUGGGUGGGGAUCACUUGUAACUCUUCUUCUUCGCUUGGCUUAAAUGACACAGACAAGACUACGAGAAUCACCAAGCUGGAGCUUAUGAGCAGAAAAUUAUCAGGUAGAUUGUCUGAAUCUCUUGGGCUGCUGGAUCAGAUCAGAGUUCUUAAUCUCUCCAAUAAUUUCAUCUUAGGCUCGAUCCCUCCCUCUGUUUUCAGUCUGGUAAACCUGGAAACUCUAUAUUUGAGCUCUAACGGAUUGAUUGGCCAAAUCCCACAGAGCUUAAAUCUUCCUUCGCUUACAAGUAUCAAUCUUUCAUCUAACGAGUUGAAUGGUUCGCUUCCUGCGCAUGUUUGCCACAACUCCACCGAGCUUACGCUUAUAAGACUCGAUUCCAAUGGAUUUUCCGGAGAUAUUCCAUCUGGGUUCGAGAAAUGCGCUCUGCUCGAACAACUCUUCCUUGGUAGGAACAGUCUAACUGGUAAUAUACCCGAGGAUCUGUUUCGGUUUCAAAGGUUGAAUCUUUUGGAGAUUCAAGAGAACAGCCUCUUUGGUUCGCUCAGUCCUGCACUUGGUAACCUCUCUAGCCUUGCUCAUCUCGAUGUCUCUUCGAAUAGACUCUCCGGUGAAGUCCCUGAUGUGUUCAACAAAUUGGUCGAGCUCAGGUACCUCAUUGCUCACACUAAUAGAUUCACAGGAGGAAUCCCCAAGUCGUUGGCAAAUUCCCAGACUUUGAUCUUGCUUGACCUGGGGAACAACUCAUUAAGUGGUCCUUUACGUCUGAAUUGUUCUGUGAUGACUAACUUGACCUCACUUGAUCUGGGAUCCAAUAGAUUUAGUGGCUCUUUGCCUGAAAAUCUACCGGCUUGCAGAAACCUGAGGAGCAUUAAUCUUGCCCGGAACCUCUUCUAUGGCCAAGUGCCUGAGAGCUUCAAGGAUUUUCAAAGCCUUUCUUACCUGUCGCUUUCAAAUUGCAGCCUUGUUAACAUUUCAGCGACACUUCACGUCCUUCAGCACUGCAAGAACCUGACGACUCUGAUUCUCACUUUGAAUUUUCAUGGAGAGAUGCUACCUGAUGACCCGAGUCUUCAUUUCGGGAAGCUGGUGGUACUUGCUAUUCCAAACUGUAGGCUUACCGGUCAAAUUCCAAGCUGGUUGAGUAAGAGCACCCAUCUAAAGGUGUUGGAUCUAUCAUGGAACCAUUUAACUGGAGCUAUCCCGAAUUGGUUUGAUGGUUUGACCGACCUUUUCUACCUGGAUUUGUCGAAUAACUUGUUCACAAGGAAGAUCCCAAAAAGCUUAACCAGACUCCAAAGCCUCGCAAUUCGAGAUGUCUCAUUCGAUGACCCAUCUCUAGAUUUCGCAUUAUAUAAAGAGAAUGAGGACACUAGACGACUUCUGCGGUACAAACAUGUUUUCAUGUUCCCUCCAAUGCUUGACCUCAGCCAAAACAAUCUUUCUGGACCCAUAUGGAAGGAGUUUGGAAACUUAAAGAACCUCCAUGUAUUCAAUCUGAAUGCCAACACAUUAUCGGGAUCGAUCCCUAGCUCGCUUUCGGAAAUGACAAGCCUAGUGGUUCUUGUUUUGUCCAAUAACCGUAUUUCUGGUUCAAUCCCAAAAUCUCUGGAGAAUCUAACAUUACUGUCCAAGUUCAGUGUUGCUAAUAAUAGUCUCUCAGGGAAAAUCCCUUCUGGUGGUCAAUUUCAUACAUUUCCUAACUCGAGUUUCGAGGGAAACCAUCUCUGUGGUGAUUACUUUCUUCAAUGUAAAGUGAAACUACCAAGAACCAGCGAGAGUGACAGUGAUAGUGACUUUGUCUUAAAUUUUUCAUAUGGAGCAGCUCUUGGUUUCGGUUUAUCCUUGGUUGUUGUUUCUUUUCGUUGGAAGCUGUUAAGCUUUUAAUUUUCGCGGCAUCAAGUUGUUCAGCUUUUACA